AAUAAGGAUUUGUACAAUUUGCAAAAAUUCAACAAGCAAAAAAGUAUAAGCAAGAAAUUUAAAUAAGCGAUUAUCAAAAAAUAUCAAGACAUAUUGUUGUUUGAGUACGGAAGAGACCUCAUAUUUGUUAAAUAGUAUUGUUGCAACAAAGUUAUUAUCACGUCGAUAUUCGUCUAUGGAUCACAUCAUGGAAAUCAUAUUCCGUCUGUCCCUUUGAAUCUUUCCAUUGUGUUCGUCUGAAUCCUCUCCUUGUGCCCGUUUGAAUAUUCACCGAUGACACCAAAAUCAUUCUGAAUUAAUUUAAAAAUUGGUGUUGUUAUCGGACAAAAAUAAGUAUAAAUACAUUAUUAUAGGCAAACACUAAAAAAUAUUAUGAAAACUACCGUCGGACUCGUUAAAUGGGUGCUGUGCAUUCUGAUGGUCGUUUUGCACUCAUCGUCCGCCCUAUUUGGAGACGACGAUUAUUGGGAGGCCAGAAGAAAAAUCAAUUGUCAAGAAAGUGACCCCAUUCCGGAAGAACGUGUAUGCAAUGGAAUAGUUGACUGCACGGACGGAGGUUCGGACGAAGAAAAUUGUGCCAAGUGCCGCGGACCCAAUACGUUUCACUGUAAAAAUAAUAGAUGUGUAACGCAAUAUUCGCGUUGUGAUGGGUACGACGACUGUUGGGAUGGUUCGGACGAGCAGGAUUGUUCUCAUUGGAACAGACCGUGGAGUAUCGACGUUCCCACCACGAUCAAAUACAUCAAUACAAAAAACGUGAAGAUAGCAAAUUAUUCAAACGAAAUUGCCACAUUAGAGGAAGGAAAAAAAUUUAAAUUAGAUAUAAUUGCGUACAAGACUUCCCAGCCGGAUCAGAAAUUGGACGGAAAUACUGUGAUUUUUAAGUUUAUGAAAAAAAUCGCUUUUUACAUCCACGGUUUCAGAACGAACGAUCUGAACGACGGAAUUGCCAUGAAAGACGCUAUCGCCGCGGGCGUUGAUGACAUUGACUGCGUAUUGAUCGUUGAUUGGACUGACGGAGCAUUUUAUGAUCACGGAUGGUGGUCAGAGCAUUGGCCGUACCAUGUGGCAAAGGACUACAAAGACAUCGUGGAGAAUAACCUCCCGCGUGUGGCCGACUUUCUGGUUGACUUCGUGAAUGACUAUAUUCCAAUCUACGUUAAAGUUCACUUCAUAGGUUUCAGUCUUGGUGGUCAGAUAUCGGGCAUGGCGGCAAGAAAACUGAAAGACCUCGGAAUAAGGAUCAUCGACCGGAUAUCUGCACUCGAUCCGGCAGGUCCGAUUUUUGAAUACCCCCUCGGGAUGUUCGAAGUGAACAGGACUAAUACUCUGCGUGCAACAGACGCGGAAUUCGUUGACGUCAUUCACGCUAGUCCCGUGUUGGGAAUGAAAGAAGAUGCGGGACACUUGGAUAUUGACAUUGAAGAUAUGGAUUGUUAUUCUCCGUGGUGUUUGCACCACAAAGCCGUCGAAACGUACAUAGCGUCCAUGAUCCAGUGUUCGCAAAUCACUUGUCCUCGGUACCACUUGUCCAGGGAUGGUAGUCAGUGCCUUGUUUCAAGCCCAAUUCAUCUGGGCAGUCUUGGAUAUUUAGCAGAUUUGUACAGCGGUCGUGGCCGACACACCAUUCGAUUAUUCACAUUCGCUAAAGGAUACCAAAUAUCGACCGGCAUAUGUAAUACAUUAAUGGGUUUAUCGUUAAUAGCCAAACACAGAGUAUGUCGCCGUCCACCAACAAUCACUAGCGACUGCCGUUCUAAGCCGUACUUGUCAGAAUGCGAAGAGCAGUGUGGCAGUGUCACAAAUCAGAUGGUAUGUACGAUAAAUGGGAGAACCUUUAACCGUAACGACGGCCGGCUGGCUUCGUCACAACUUGGGAUAGAGCAAAGGCUGUUUUCUGAUUUUGGGGUCGUGUGGUACGGUGAGAAAUGCGCUCUUCCGGCGUCCUGCUAUGGCGAAAAUGGCGAGCGGCUCGAUUACUUUAUCGCGUACAAGUUACCCAACAGUUUUCAGUAUGUCUACUUUUCACGGAUGACAGCAGGUCCAACCAUGGUCAGUACUGGUCAGUAUCCGAUCGAUCAUCCAAGAUCUAUUGUUGGCCGAACGUUGUUGCCGCUCUACGAGCAAGUCAGCAGUAUCACGUACAUCUUCUGGAACGACGACCUACCGUAUGGUUCCAAGUCGUUGCAGCAGUCAAACGAGAAUGAAGGCGUGCAUACGGAAGAUUCCGCUUCGUUUGGCCACUCAAAAGGGAUAUUAGCCUACUCGUCAACUGGCGGUUUCCUGUUGUCCCAUUCUGUGCCAAGAUUUCCACCGGACCCAGACUACUAUUCGUACAAAUUUCCCGAAAGCGGUAGGACUAACGCUCAGAUGCUUGUGUGUGUGACGUCACAAUCGUACCCGAACGCAUUCAUCACAGAAAUGGAGUCGUUGUUAACGAUGAUGAAAACCUUCAAACCACAAGUGUACGGCGCAAACGUCCAUAUGGACAUGUGGCCGAUCAGCGUCCGGUAUAAGUUCAAAAAUUUGACCCAUCCAGGAAACCAAAACAAAUACGACUCGCCAAUCCCAUACAGCUCACCUUACGGGUACAGCAUUCUUUACUCAUUUGCACGCUCAGAUGUGUUCGAGGACUGUUUUCAGAAGCUGGCCAAUCACUACAAGUCACCAAUUUUUGCUCAGACGUGGCUUGAUCGGUCCCGGGACCGAAAAAACGCUUUGCCGUCCAACUGUGACAGUCCAACCGUGGAAAACGUCAAUAAAAUCUUAAUUCAUGAUGGUUCCUCUUGGGUCACGAUUCCCCAAACAAAAGAUCACUCCAAAUGGAUCGUUACAAAGAUUGUGGGCGUGAGGAGACCGUCGCCUUUUGUGUUGUGCAUGGGAGACUUGAAUAGAGCGAUAAGUACCAUAAAAAGAGGCGGGAUGUUUGUUUGCUUUCAAGAUUUGAAUCUCUUCAAUUUAUUUAAUCAACACGUGAAAAUCACCGAGUACGACGAAUGUCCUGAGCCCUAACUCAGUUCAAUUUGAGUGAAAAAUGAACUGAAAAUUAUAUAUACUUAUUACCAGAGUAUUGCGCAGCGCUGCUGCCAUCCAGAGCAUAUUAAAAUAUCUUGCUGAGAAUGCGUCGUCCGUCGCAUGCGAAGGUACGUAGCAGUUUAUACAUCACA